GGUGAAGGUUCCAACUUCCUCCAGCUGGGCUCCUCCAUUGAGCAGCAGAUCAACGGGAUGUUCAAGGUGAUGGAGGAGUACAACUGGGACAGCUUUGUGGUCAUAACGAGCCUGUACCCCGGCUAUGAAGCCUACGUGGAUUACAUCAAGUCCUUCACCGACACCAGCUACUUCAUGUGGGAUCUGCAGGACGUGUUGUCCUUCGACAUGUCGGCCGACAGCAUGAACGACAUACGAGCGCGGAGGUUGCUUCAGCAGAUUGAUGCCCAGGUCCUGUUAGUCUAUUGCUCCCAUGAGGAGGCGCAGUACCUUUUUUCAUUAGCAACUGAAGUUGGACUCGUAGGGCCGGGCUACAUCUGGAUUAUCCCCAGCAUGGCUGUGGGAAACCCAGACAUCCCGCCGCCCGACAGCUUCCCGGUGGGCUUAAUCAGCAUCAUCACGGACCGCUGGAGGAUGAGUUUGAGGAAGAGAGUGCGUGAUGGGGUGGCCAUCGUGGUUAAAGGGGUUCAGAGCUUUAGGAAACAGAGAGGCUUCGUUCCUGAGGGCCACAGCGACUGCCAUAACCCCGUCAAACAAUCCGCUACCAACGACACCCUGUUCAG